CCCCCAACGAAAAUGUGUUUAUCGAUCCGGCGUUUUAACUGCGCGAACUUGGCGACCGGUCGAGGCCGACGUUAAACCGAAAGACGAAACGCACGUGCGAGAUAAAUGUGAGUGCGUGCAAUUAAAACAAAGUGCAACAAAAACGGUCUCAAUCGAGUGCGCUCGCCCGUGUAAUUAAUACCAGAUAAUACCUUAUCAACGUUUCACAGACACAUCCGCGAGUAGCUGAAUGAAAGACGCUCCAAGGAAAACCCGCUUAGUAAUGGAAGAGAUUGACAACAUUCGACGGGAUCGUGUACGUAGGAGACUUUUUCAAGAUAACGAUGAUAAAAACGAUCCACAGGAACGCGAGAACAUUAACAAUCAUUUUGCGGAAGAGAGGCGAAUUCAAGCUGAAGAAGCCAAGAAGAAAUGGGGCUUUGAUUUUAUACGCGGACACCCAGAUCCACAAUCUGAUCGUUGGGAAUGGACAAAAAUUGAUGAACAAGAAAAUGAAAUUUCUGCAUCCGAGGAAACAAAUGGGACCACAAAUUCACAAGAAGAAUGCACGGAGAAAACAGGAAACAACACGGAAGAUUUGUCUGACAAAUCGACGGAUGAAAAAAAUUAAGGUGCGCAAACGAAUCGAAUUGUGAUAUUAUUUAAUAAUAAAUCUUAUAAUAAGUAAUAUUUAAUCAAAAUGAUAACAUAGUUUUACAAGCAUAAAAAAAUUACGUAAAUUUCGAACUGCGUAAAUUUUGUAUAAUAUUAUAUAUAAAUCAUUUUUCAUCAUUAUGAUGAAAAUUAAUUUAUAAUUUCUUCCGACAAGUUUAGAAGAAAUUUUAUACAAAUAGUGAGAAUAGUGAGUCUUGACUUUCAUAAUACUAAAUUUUUUAUUAGUGAUAUUACGUGUAACUUUUACUUAAUUUUUUGAAAAAUUAUAUAUGCUACAAAAAUCGUAUUUGAUCAAACAUAUAAUACACUUUUCUAAAUAAAGUCAAUUUUUUUAGAAUUCUAGGAAAAACCAUUUUAAAGAAUACAUUUCUAAAUAGUUUAUGAAGUUUUCAGUAAUAUAGCAUAGUAUUAUGAGGGUUAAUUAUAUUUACAAAAUAAUUAAUUUUGUUAAAUAAAAUUUAUAAAUUUAUAAAUUUAUAAAUUCAUUAAUUUAUUUGAAUUGGUCAAAUUUUAAGUUUCUAGUCAAAAAGACAUAAUGUUAAACACAUGUCCAACAAAAAACCAAAGCUAAAUUUUAGUUAAUUUGUUGAAACUUAAAAGUGAACAAUCUGAAUUGUACAUAAUUUGAUAUCUAAUUGAUCUAUAUUAAUUUGAUGACAACAUGACAUGUAUUCGUGAAAAUGAAUGUGCAAUAUAAGUUAUUAUACUCAAUCACUAUUUAUAGUACUUUAGUACAAAAUAAUCGCGCAGCUUAAGAGAAAGAGAAUUUGUAUAAAAAUAUAUACAUAAUAUAUUUCUGAAAAAUUAUUAAAUAAUUGAGCAUUUUAA